AUGGCGACACGUUUAGUUCGAAGAUCUGUUGCGGCUCUUAAAACUUUUAAAAGAGCACGGCAGAACGGUGUGGAACUUUUCGUUAAAAGGAUCAGCUGGGUCACAGGUGCAUCGGAACUGAUGAACCAUUUCUCUCAGUUUGGUAAAGUCAGAAACAUUACACUGCCAUUUGAUUUAACAACAGGUCUGCACAAGGGUUUUGCGUUUAUUUUAUUUGAAAAUGAUGGUUUCUAUGAAAAUAUCAAGAAGUUCGAAGGGAAACACAUUAUUGACGAUGAAGAAGUAAUUUGUUCACUAGCAGAUGAAGGAAAGCCAUUGUUAUUGGCUGAUGCCCAUGUGAUACUAUUUGGCAGCGAAAAUAGUUCUAAAAUGGAUAUUUCGAAUGCAAAUCGCGGCAGUGAAAUUGGAGGAGUUGAAUUCAUUAAGACCGAGACAAAUAUUAAAGGGAAGGAAAUAAAACGUGAAGCUAAUCCGAAAAUAAUUUCAACAAACAAUAUGGAUUUUCAAGAUUCCAAAGAACAGUCAAAAGAAGCAAAUUUGUUGCAAAAACUGCAAGAAAUUGACGAUUCGAAAAAGAAACUCGGAAAAAAUACUCAGUUCGAAAAGACUACUAUUACGAAGCUCACGGAUUUGGUAAGUGAAAAUGAAGGCAACAACAAAAUGUAUAUGAAAACUUACACCAAUAUGCGUCCUUCGAACGAUUUGCAUGGAAAUGUUACAAGGAAUGGCUUCAGUGGCGGGAUUAGUUCGUCAAAUAGAAGUUUUAGAAUUCCGACAAUUAAAACUACGAAUCAAAAAUAUUUAAAAAAGGGAUUGAAUUCGGACCAAGUAUAG